GCGGGCGCUGGGCUGGGCUGGGGGCAGCGUUUGGCCCGGCCAGUUCGGGUGGCGCGGGACGUCCUUACCUGCGCCUGGUUACCGCAGCGGCUCUUGGAAAAGAGGGAAGAAAUACGCAGGAGCAUGGCGGCUUUGAACUGGAAGCCGUUUGUGUACGGAGGACUGGCUUCAGUCACUGCAGAAUGUGGUACUUUCCCAAUUGAUCUGACAAAAACACGUCUCCAAGUACAAGGCCAGAAAAAUGAUGUAAAGCAUAAAGAAAUCCGUUACCGUGGAAUGCUUCACGCAUUAGUGAAAAUAUUCAGGGAAGAAGGACUGAAGGCCUUAUACUCUGGAAUUGCCCCUGCUAUGUUACGCCAGGCCUCUUAUGGAACUAUAAAAAUAGGCGCAUAUCAGACCCUGAAAAGAAUAUUUAUCGAACGGCCAGAAGAUGAAACGCUGGCCGUCAAUGUAUUGUGUGGGGUUCUGUCUGGUGUAAUUUCAUCUUCUAUUGCUAACCCCACUGAUGUCUUGAAGAUCAGAAUGCAAGCUCAAGGAAGCCUCAUUGAAGGUGGAAUGAUUGGCAACUUCAUGAAUAUUUAUCACAACGAAGGCACUAGAGGCUUGUGGAAGGCAAUCUCUCUUACCGCUCAAAGAGCCGCUGUGGUCGUUGGUGUCGAGCUGCCAGUCUAUGAUCUUGCCAAAAAGCAUAUAAUUCUCAGUGGGUUCAUGGGAGACACAGUGUAUACUCACUUUCUAGCAAGUUUCACAUGCGGCUGGGUUGGAGCUCUGGCAUCCAACCCCAUCGAUGUUGUGAGAACGCGGAUGAUGAAUCAGAAGACUUUACGAACUGGACCCCAGCAUGGCUACAAGGGGACUCUAGACUGCUUGCUUCAGACCUGGAGGAACGAAGGUUUUUUUGCAUUGUACAAAGGAUUCUGGCCAAACUGGUUGAGACUUGGUCCUUGGAAUAUUAUUUUCUUUGUAACUUACGAACAGCUGAAGAACUUGGACUUCUGACAUUCUGAAAAUUGAAGAUGUUGAGUCAUCUGCUGGUGAACCUAACCCUCAAGUGUUCUUUCAGGGAUUAUUCAACUAAAGAUUGCAGAAUUGAUGAAAGCAAGUUGUUGGUGCAAGAAUGUUAAAUCUUAAAAGUUCUCAAGUAUUACAGAACAGGGUGUAGCUUGAGACUGGAACAGACCUUAGCACUGGGUUUGAAUUUCAUCUUUCAUAAAUGUUAUGAAUAUUUCAAUAUUAGGACUUGACAUGUCAGAAUGGGAACAAGUGAAAUUAACAAUUUGGUGUAGGUCUUCUUUCACUCUCUGUUCGUUUAGAACAGUGUUUCUCAACCAUGGCAACUUUCAGAUGUGUGGUCUUCAACUCCCAGAAUCCACCAGCCAGCCAUUAUGGCUGUGGAAUUCUGGGAGUUGAAGUCCACAUGUCUUAAAGUUGCCAAGGUUGAGAAACACUAAUUUAAAAUCAGCUGUUUCCAGUGGUCAAUAGCUAAUGUGUUCACAAUUUUGAGAACUUGUACUUUAUACCAAAGACUAGGCCAUGGAGAAACACACUUCAUAAAGCAUCCCAUUGUAUGGAGUGGCAUUGCAUAAAUAAUGUGCAAAACGUGUCUACAAAAAAGUUGAAAACCCUUUUUCUCUUGAAACACGUCAGUGCCAUUUCUUUUUAAAUUUAGCAUUACAUUAAUGCUGAAUUAAAUUCAUUAGUGUGAGGUUUUGGUAGUGUCUUAAUAUCCCCCCCCCCCAGCUGACAAUCUGAGCAGAUCUAAUCUCAUAUAUUUUUAUUUAGAAAGGUUCUGUUAUGGGCAGCAGAUGAACCUUGCAUAAACACCACUUCAGCAUGCUUUCUGGGGAGUGGUUAAGUCACUACCCUACUCCAUGUUUUGAGAGAAUAAUAAUAAUAAUAAUAAUAAUGAGCAAUGUUGAAAUUAUGAAGACCCAUUCAUAUAUGCCAGGUUAUUACAGGUAUAUUGUAUUCAGGUUAGAUUAUGUCUCAACAGACCUGAUUUUUCUUCCAUCUCACUGGGCUGUGUCCAGAGAAUCCAAUAAGAUCUUAAGUCCAGACAAUUUUUAGUGGUGGUUAAGACAAGUACAUAACACCAUCAUUUCCCAAAGACUGCUGCCUUAUGUAUAAGCAAGCUCUUCUUCCCAAGAUAUUUAGGAAUAGAGUUGCCAUGGCUACAGACAUGAUUUUGGGCCUACAUGGGACCACUGCUUUGGAAAAGCUUCUGCCUGUCUUGCCUUCAUGGCAUAGACACACGUAAUCUUUUCAGUCCAAUAGGAAUUUUAUAUAUGUUUCCAGGUCUGCAUAAAAGUGUUUUUCAUGUAGGAUUGUGGUGUUGGCAGUGGUAGUUUAAGAUCGUUCAAGUGACUUCCUUGAGACACUUGUCCAGAGAAGAAGUUGGACUGCCAGCUUGAGACUUGCAAACUCAAGCCACAUUGAUCAAACAUUUUUAUUAUACUUGACACACAAAUGAUAGUGUUUUCUCUUCUUGGAGAACAGCUGCACUGAAAUCUGCAUGCUGACCAGGUCAACUUCGCUAAAACCAAAGGUUAAUAAUGUGUUUGUACACCAUGUUUGUAGAUUUUGUUUCCAGAGAGUGCCUUUAGAGGAUAUGAAUAUAAUAAUAGUUUGUGAGUAGAAACAAAGAUUUAGGUACCUGUAUGGAAGUAGUUGAAAUAAUUUGCAAUACAGUUACAAUUCCAGCAGUACACAGUUUAAGGAAUGUCAGUUUUCCAUUCAGUGUGAAGAUGCACAAGCCACUUUUUACAUUCACAUUAACAAAUGUUUCUUUUGUUACAGAGUUUUAAAGGUUGGAAUGACAGGUUGUGCUCUAUGGUCACUUCAUUAGGAGUAUGUGAAAAACGGGUAAAAUAUCUUUGUGUGAAUUGUGAAACAAGCUGAGGCUCAACCCAUGAGAGUAAUCCAUGGAUUUUGAAUUCUAAGAUUCAGACCAGUUUUUAAUAGUUGUUCGGCAGAAUAUGUUGAGACAAAACACGAACAAAUUUCUUUUUUAAAUUAAAAAGCAGCUAUUUUCAUUAUUAACUAAUCUAUACUGAAUUUAUAUUCCGUCUUCAAGGGCACAGACAGCUUUUACAGAGUUGCAGAUAUACCUUUUUUUCCUUUUUGUUUAUCAGCAAAGAAAAGUGUAACGUUUUUGUCAGUAACAGAUAUAGAUGUCCUGUACGAGCCACAAGUCCAACAUGCAUAUCAUGAUGUCAUUGUGCAGAUGAUGCUAAUAAUGUAUUUUGCACAAUUUGGGUAAUGACAUCCUUCCUUAGCAGACACCUGAUGGCAGCUUGAUCUUUCGAUACCAAAAUGUAAUCUGUAUUUUUCAAAAAUAUCUGUCUUUUCCAUGGUGUGUGUAGUAGUGUCUUCUCCAGCUCUCCUCUUUCCACUCAGAUCACAAGGAAUGAGUGGCCAUAUGUGAAACACUCACAAUAAACGUCUGGGGAUUGAUUGAGUUACACAUGGUAGUUCAUCCCUAGUACCAGCAUUCCAGCAUUAGCAGCUUCAGCAGUUGUGCAUUUAGUGAAGUCCUUCAUGCAGAAGUCGCCACGUGCACCCAUCAAAAACAGGAAGAUCUAAAAACUGGAAUACCAACAGUGGGGAAAAGGCUGUUUAAUACCUAAGCAGAUGUGUGUAUUUUUUAAUGGCACAUUUUUUGCUACUUCUUUUUCCUUUUUGUUUGAGAAAACCAUUUUUGUCUGAGAAAACCAUUUUUGUUUCCUUCCAGUCUUUGGUACUGGGAAGUCUCUGGAAACUGCCCCCCUAUGAAUUUAGAUAAUGGAAAACUUCUGAAAAUCAGGCCAAGAAGAUUACAUGGUAGUGAUUACCAAAGGGUGAUCAAGUGAUCUAGGCAUUUGGUUUCAUCAAUAAACAGCGCAAACUAGCUGUUCAGAAAUGUUUUCCUGGAUUAUAUUUGGGAGAUUUGUUCCUGUAAGGGUAUGUGUGUUCCAUAAAAACACAUUCUUGGUAAAUUAAAAUGGCAAUUCCUUCUCAUGCUGCUCCAUUGAAUUGCUAGAAUGGUGUAUUAAAAUGAAAGCAGUUGGUUUAACGCCACAAUUUUUCAAAAUUGUUAACACGCCUGUUACAACUAUUAUGCUGUCAAUGCCCAUUUUGAAUGUUUAUUUGCCAGGCUGUUAAUGGCUGUUGUGGUAAUGCUAUUUAUUUGUGCAUGUUCUGCACGGUUGGUUAAUAAGCUUUCAUUAUUUAGUAAGAAGAAGGUCAUCUGGAUUUUUUUAAGGUCAUGCAGAAGAACAUUAAAAUUGCUGUUUGUUAAUGUCUUCCUAUCAUGGGAAAGUUUUGACUUGGAUGUACCUUUAUCUGCAAGAAUAAACUUCAUUAUUUUGUCUUA